CGGGCACCGCAGAGCGAGGGGGGUCGGAGCCCGGCUACAGCAGCAGCGUCUCCGCCCCGGGACGGCGCUGGCCACCCUGCCCGGCCAGCGCGCUCCGAGCUGGACCCCUGAAACGCAGCCGGGGAGCUGGUGAGAGCAUCUGGGGAGCCUGUGGGACCAGCAGGAGAUCUUCCAAGCAAGGCCCCAUGGAGAAUGAGACCUUGGCCUUUGGACCCCCUCUGGGCAACAGCAGCGUCAACCAGACGCUAGGGAAGAUGCCCCAGCACCCCAUGGAGCUGCAGGUGGUGACCAUCCUGCUGGUGCUGCUGAUCUGCGGGGUGGGCAUCGCAGGGAACAUCAUGGUGGUAUUGGUGGUGCUGCGCACCAAGCACAUGGUGACCCCCACCAACUGCUACCUGGUGAGCCUGGCUGUGGCGGACCUGAUUGUGCUGCUGGCGGCGGGGCUGCCCAACAUAUCGGAGGUGGUGGCCUCGUGGGUGUACGGCUAUGCUGGCUGCCUGUGCAUCACCUACCUGCAGUACCUGGGCAUCAACAUCUCAGCGUGUUCCAUCACCGCCUUCACAGUGGAGCGCUACAUCGCCAUCUGCCACUCCAUCAAAGCGCAGCUGCUCUGCACCGUGGCCCGAGCCAAGCGCAUCAUCGCUUGCGUCUGGCUCUUCACCUCCCUCUACUGCAUGAUGUGGUUCUUCCUGGUGGAUACUGCCCAGGCUACCUUCUCAGACGGGGCACAAGUCAGCUGUGGCUACAGGGUCUCUAGGAACCUAUACCUGCCCAUCUAUUUCCUGGACUUCACUGUCUUCUAUGUCAUCCCGCUGGGGCUGGCCACUGUCCUGUACGGCCUCAUUGCCCGCAUCCUCUUCAUGAGCCCCCUGCCUGCCACCCCCCAGGACCCCGACAGGCUCAGCUCCAUGCACCGGGGCAAGCCGCCCAACUCCAGCUCCAUGAAGCUCUCCUGCCAGGGCAACAAGGGAGCUCUGAGCUCCAGGAAACAGGUGACCAAGAUGUUGGCUGUGGUGGUGAUCCUCUUUGCCCUGCUGUGGAUGCCAUAUCGCACAUUGGUGGUGGUGAACUCCUUCCUGGACCCUCCUUACCUCAACAUCUGGUUCCUCCUCUUCUGUAGGAUGUGCAUUUACCUGAAUAGUGCCAUCAACCCAAUCAUUUACAACCUGAUGUCUCAGAAAUUUAGAGCAGCCUUCAAAAAGUUAUGCAAAUGUGAACAGAAAAGGACUGAGAACCCCACCCAAUACAAUGUUCCGGUGUACUAUAGUGUCAUGAAGGACUAUUCUCAUGAGGAGUCCGAUCAUGACGUCACAGAACAAGAAGAUCUAAAUGGUUUCCCCGCAACAGUGAAGAAAAGUAAACUUUACAGAUAAACGUGGUGACCAUGAAACAGCACAGACUUUGGGAAGUACGUGGUUGUAUUUUACACUGUCUGGAACAUCCUCUUGAAAAUUGUUUCUGCCAUAUGCAGAGAGCACACAACAAAAUUAAUUAAAGAGCUCUCUAGGUCAUUUAACAAAAUAGAUUCGUAGAGGGCAAAUUAAUUUGUUUUUCCUGAGUGCUAAUUUAUUCACAAUCAGUAUUGUGUGUUAGAAUUUUACCAGCAUUUUGCAUGGUCUGUAGUUAAUGUGGUGGUGCAAUUACAUUUCCUGUUAUGCACAAAUAUUUUCAUUUGUUGGGCCUAAUCAAGGCUUGCACAGGAAACCUAAGAAAAUCCAGGUGCUGUGGGGGUUGUACAAGGUCUUCAGUAGGAUAUCUUUUCUCUGAACCAAUGCCUCCCAAGCGGUAGUAAGGGGCACUGUGUUGCUGAAGUGUCAUCUUUCUGGUGGGACAUAGAACCGAGACCCAGGCCACUUGAAGUCAUUAAAUGAAGAUCCCAUAGGAUCUUUCAAUAAUAGGAGAGGUGUCAGCUCCAUUGUCCUGGCCAAAUUCCAAUUUGGAAAAUUUUAUUCUUCCUACUUAAAGUCUCUCCAGUAUCUACAAUUGCAUAUAGUACUCUUCCUUUUCUGUUCUGCUGUAACCUAUAGUGUGGUGUUGCUGUUUACUAUUGAAUAACUGCAUUUCAGUGGUAAGCAAAAUGAUUGUGUUAGAUACCAUAAAUAAUUUGUAAAAGUUUGUAAAGUGGCAUGGGACCUUUUGUGAUGAAUGGUACUAUGUAAAUGUAUAAUAUUAUUAUUUUGAAUUGUUGUUACACUCUAAGAAGAUAAAUGGAUAUUCAGAAUUGUACAGUUCAAUGAAACUAUCCAGUGGAGCAUGUCUCAUACUUGCAAGAUAUUAUUUGGACUAGAUCAAAAAGCACAGAAGAUUGCAAAUGAUUAAAAGGAACAUUCUGAAUCCUGGGAAUUCUUAGGGAAGAUUUUGCUCCAUAAAAUAAAUGGCAGCCAUUGGUAAUCCUGGUGAGUGAUAGAGACUUUGUCAGACUCUCUCCAUACAUUGGAAAUUGUUUCGUCACUGUGUGGCAUCUUAAAGCUCCAUAUCCUCAAAUUAGAAAGGGACAGUACAGUACAUCUAGAGCACAAAUGUGCAGCUAUCCAGCUGUACAUGUACAGAAGAGAACUGUUCUGAGAACCAAACUGGCACUUCAUUCUGACCUAUCUGAGGACUAUACAGCAUAUAUUUGUUUUUGGUCUGAUAUGUGGCUGCGUAUUAUACUGUCUUUUAUUUAACUAUUCCAAAAUAAUUAUAAGGCAAAGAAAAUGUUUAAAAAAUGCAAAUUGUUGUUUCAGAUGCAUAUUGUAGAAAUGUUUGUUUGGGAAUUUAUGAACAAAUGUACUUCAUGUGCUAACAGCUGGCCUGUCAUUAACGUAUAUGGGUCUUUAGGAACCAUCUUUCUCAUUACUGUUAUCACUGGGAGUUCUGCUCACUGAUUUUAAAUCAAAGCAUCAAUUGGAUUCUACAAAGAGAACUGGAUAGAAUUACCAUGGCUACAGCAUGUGAAAAUUGUACCAAAGGAGCAAGUAAAAGACACAUCUUACAGGAGACAAUUCUUCUCUAAUCUUAAUAUUUUAUGGCACUAAGUAGAGGUUAAUAAUAAGAUUAACAUGCAGCUCAGAGUAGAACAACUGCCACCACACAAAAUCAUCAGGUGUAAAGAUCUCAAAAACAGUGGUAGGCACAUGGAAGGUAUGAUAGAAACUGUGCCAUGAUUGAUGACCUCACAUUAAAAGUAG